AUGGCUUCACCGAUCUUCAUUAUUCAGAGUAUUGUUGGCAUUGUCGGCAUAUUGGGAAACUCCUUGGUCUGCUUUGUCAUCUGGCGAACUCCUGCCAUGCACACCCUUACCAACGCCUUCAUCUUCAAUCAAGCUACGGUGGACAUCCUUGGCUCCAUCUUCAUGUUCCUGAUCAGUGUGGUUCCGGUUCCUAAGAUCCUACCACCAGGAACGGCAGGAGUUCUUCUCUGUCGAAUCUGGGUCUCUAAUUAUCCCUUGUGGGCUUGCUACAUUACGUCAUCCAUUAACCUGGUGGCUCUUACCUUUGAACGGUACCUUGCCAUAGUCUACCCCUUCAAGUUCCAGAAAGUCUGCCACCGUCUCGGAGCGACCAUAGUCAUCGUGUUUGUCUGGGUUGUCGGAUUCUCCAUCGCCCUGUAUGCCGCGGAAAUUUUCCGCUACCGAGAAGGACAUUGUGUGCAAUUCUUUGACCCAAAACUCCGCGUUGUCGGGAUUAUGAUACCGGGCUUUCAGUAUUUCUUUCCCGUCGUCUCGAUGCUUGUUGCCUACAUCCACAUCACCGUGGAGCUGAAGCGGAGCGCGCAACGGCUGGCUCGCAUCAUGGGGCCCAACGUCGCGGGGGCCGGUAGGCCCGGUCAGGCACCGGAGUCGGCAGACGAGUCUCUGCUUCGAGCCCGACGCAACACCUUCAAGACGCUACUGAUUGUCUUCAUCGCAUACGUCGCAUGCUGGACCCUCAACUCCUCACUGCUGCUCGCCGCUACUCUUGGGUUACCGUCAGCCCCGGAUUCUCCUCUUCUUAUUAUUUCCGUAGCCCUUGUAGCAACCAAUUCUGCCAUCAACCCAAUCAUCUACGCUUUAAAGUAUAAGCAGUUUCAAAAAGGACUGAGGAUGUUAUUUCCAUGUAGAGGUAUUGAAGGUACCAACUCUGUGAGACCCUCAACAAUAGCAACAGGGUUGUCGGUUGGCAAUCCUGGUGUUUAG